AUGCUUGGAAAAUCUAAUGAGACAUUACCAAAAGCAAGAGAUUCAUUUUAUGAUGAUGGUGACGGCAAUGGUGAUGACGAUGAUGAAAAUUCCACAGUACCAGCAACACCCGUCAUUUCAUCAAUACGUAUAGUAGCUUCUAAGCCACCUAUCUAUCGUCAACAAAGUCAGAGUAGUAGUUCACCAUCACGAUCAUCAUGUGAUACGGAUCAUGAUGUAACCGAUGUAUCAUCGAUUGGCGGUGAGCAUCAUCAAGUGCAACAACAACGGAAUCACCAACGACAACAGCAUCAACAGCAACAUCAACAUGAAGAUCAUCAACGAAAGCUAGAUCAUGAUCCGCACCAUUCAUUUCAGCUGCAAUCUAUGCGACAUGUUUUAUUAGGUUCAUCAGUUCCAACUAGUCGACCACCAUCUCCUGCAGAUCCUCAACAACAUUUAACUAAGAAACAAGUUCGAAUCGUUGCUGAUGAUACAGACAAAGACCUUCAAAAUCAUUCUCAACGAAGCCUGCGCCAUCAUCAUCAUCAUCAUCACCAACAACAGCAACCUUAUAUUCAUGGUCAUACAAAAGAUUAUCGUCGAGUUCGUCUAACUUCAUCAGCAAUCAAUCGUCAAAAACAGCAGCAAAGAAUUGAACGUGAAAAUUUGAGAAUAUUAGAACGCCUACAACAUACUCGUGCAACAAGUUCUCUUAAACGCGAUGAACUUCUCUCACAUUAUGACCGUCAAAUAGGUUAUGUAACAUGUCCACCACCGCCACCACCACCACCACCACCAUUAAUGCCAUCACAUAUUAGUCUACCUAGCCGACCGUCAAGUGCUACUAUAAUGUCCUCUACAUUUUCAACAUCAGGAAAAAAAUCAAACAAUCCAAGUCGACCUUCUUCUGCUUCACAUCCAAUGAAUAGUAAUAAUAUGCGAUCUCGUCCUCCAUCAGCAUCCACAUCAUUGCACGGUAGUAGUCGUUCAUCGUCUGCCCGUCGGCCCAUAUGGAAUGAUCGUUGGCAACAGCACGAAUGA